AUGUCGAAUCCACUCGAUAUAUGGACCGAGGAGGAGAAGACUUAUCUCCUCACAGAGAUCAUCAAAAAGGCUAGAAUCCCUCCAGGUUUCCUUUAUAACAUGAUCGCGGAACAUCAGGUCAGCCCUGCCUUCGCAGAAAUUCCACUCCCUCCAGGGCGUUCCAUGAAAACAUGUCAAGAUGCAUUUCAUCAGAUGGCCCAAGAGUAUGGUCACCUUGCUCAACACCGACACAGCCUCCCUGGCCCAACCGCUCCGCCUCAAAUGUCUCCAGGGGAAAGAAAACGUCCUCUUCCCCCUGUCCCACUCGAUAAACAGCCAUCGGGCCAUCGUGCAAUUCAGCCUAAGCCUGCCGCUCCUGGGCGUUACUCCAGCACUGAUAUUCGGACACAGCAACAAUUAUCUCCCAGUGUCGAUAGCAGUUUUUUUAAUGAACCCCCACGAAAACGAGGGCGGCCAAGUAAAGCCGAAAUGCAGCGACGGAGUAUGGCAGCACAAGCUCGAGGGGAAACAUACCCCUCCUUGAGAAAAGAUUUACCAAGGCCUGGAAUCCACCCAACACCACUAGCGCCAGGAGGAACCGAGUCUCAGGCUUCAGUUCUACCUUCAAUAAGGCAGCAAGUUCCCGAAGCAGCGGGUUAUGGGGGCCAUAUGCAACAUCCAGAUGCGCUGGGUUCUCAAACGCAGGAUAUAAGAGUCCAUCGAGCUCCGCGACCGCCAGCUGAAUCGAGCACGGGGGCUGCUGUAGGAGGAGCACUGAAUUCGGGUCCUGAGGAAUCAACACCGCGUACAAUCCUAGAUAAUCAAAUCGCACCUCCUCCAAUGUCAUUACCGCUUUCGUUCAGAGGCAUAAACCAAUCAAGUCCCAUACCUGCUAGUCCUAGGCCUCAGACACCGCUUAUAUUGAGCAAGACAGCCGGUGAAAAUAAUGGAGGAGAAUCUACACCAACCACCUCUGGAGCUGGAAGAGAGAACACAGCUUGA